AAUGAACCAAAAUCCGGCACUUUUUCUUUGUUGAUAAUUUUCCUCCCAAAAACUGCUAAAAUGCUGCGAAAUCAUUGAUAAAUACAAAAAAUAAAGUGGUAUUCUGGCGGCCUGGCGAUGCCGCGAAAAUGCCUUCUGAAGGCGGAGAAGAGAGUGAGGGUCACGGACGAAACCUUCUCAAAAUGGCGGCUGCAACGAGACAGUCUCGGCUUCCAGUAUGACGAUGAAUACGCGCAGUAUCUGCUGCGAGUUGGGGAAUCCCUCCAAAAAAUGAACAUGUUGGACCAGAAGGAAGGAGGGCCCACAUCUGCUGAUGUUGAUGUUGAGUCAAGCAGGACUGAAGUUGAACCUCAGGAUUUAAACAGCCCCACAGAGUUGGACACCGAUAUGGCACAAUCUGGCGACGAAGAAAAAAGUGAUAAUGACAAUCCUGGUGCUCCUGGAGUAACCCAAACCAGCAUUAAAGCAUUUAAACAGACAUUAGCGCCACCUAAAGAGGCAAAGAACAAUGACAGUGAUUAUUCAGCGCGUAAACUUGAUCUUGGGUGGUGCACCGCAGAGUAUGACCGCCAGCAGGUUCUCAGUGGGAUCAUGGAUCAGAAGCGGUUCAUUGCUCAUCUGCUGAACUCUCAUAACCAGUGGUGUUCAACCUGCCGAACAUCAUCGGCGACGCUGACAGCUUCUAAUCUGGCACAAGACAAGUCCGAAUUCACAGCUUCAAUCCCUGAGCUUAACAUACCCACUUCCUGGGAAUCGAAAAAGUGGUUCGAGGACCUAAACGCCCAUUCCAACAUGUCGAUUACUUCCUUCUUGCUCCACCUGCUGCUUAUCUACAGUCACUGGCACAGUAUACCUUUACCAGGUGGCGUGAAUUUGCCCCGAGAAGUCACCAUGUUUGCCAGAACCGCUGAUGAGGAAGAAAAUGUAAUCGCGCCAUAUCCAACGCCAGAACUGUUGAAACGUGUUGCCCAAGAUAUUUUAAACCGUCGGUGUGUAGAAUCAAGUGAUGAGGGCUCUGAGCCUUUAGGAUGUGGGCUCUCGGUGUCAAGUGAGACGGGGGAUGUCCAGGAUUUCAUUGAAGGUACAAGCCAGCUUCCUGACGAUACAUGUCAAAUUGCGGAUGAGUCUGACGUACGUCUGAAUUCGGAAAUACUUGUUGAUUUUGUCGACAACGUGAAUCAGUUGGAUGUUGCUAAUGUAUCUCAAGAUCAGGGUGUGUUUGUGAAAUUAGAAGAACCUGAUGAUUAUCAGCAUGAAUGGUGGGGGGAUCCUGGCACAAAUAAGAUCAAACAAUGUGAGUUUGGCAGCAGAAUUCAUGCAACUUUGUCCCAAGUUCGUAGGAUCAGGUCUCUAGGAACGCCGGCAUCUGGAGAUAGUCUUGAGGUUUCUGACAGAUCUUUCCCUGAUGAUGUCCAUAUGGUGACUGAUGACAAUCCUGAUUCAAAUGGCGAUUCGGACCCAGAAACCUGGGUGGUCAGUCAGAACUCAAGUGAUGAGACCCUGUUAGGUAGACUCCACACUGGAGGUAAGGAAAUUACAACAACAUUAGGAGCGUCUGGCAACAACAAUGCGAAAGUCCUGGUGGCAUGUACCACUUGCUUUAAGUUGUUUCCUUCGAAUCGUGCAUUGGCGGAGCACAGGCGAGUAUUGAAGUGCCAGUACUGCGACUUCGACGUGACUCCAGCGAUGGUGACAGGGAGUUACGGUUGCGUUGAUGUCAUCAAGACUCACCGGAGGGUAUGUCAUCCCGAGCGGUACGGAUUUAGCAAUAUUCAAUGUCGAUUCUGUGAUUUCAGCUUGGAUCCGGAAAUGGCAAGCAAUGUUGAUCGGUGUCGUGUCGCCAUGACGGCUCAUGUAUUAGAAAGUCACCCAGAAAAUGCUCCGUCUAAGCCUAAGAUCGCUGUCCACAAAUGUGAAUAUUGUGAUUUUGCUUUGGGCGCAGAACUAAAGAGAACUCCAAAACAGUAUCGUUCUCAGUUAGCGACUCAUAAAAAAGAAAACCAUCCGGAGAUGUUUGAGGAUGCUUCAAAACUCAUUCUUGAGUCUGUCUGUGAGCCUACCGAGACAGAAAUGGACCGAACUAUCAUGGAGCAUCUUGAAAGAGAUAUGGAGCUCUCGGAGAAUGAGAUGGAAUCUGCUGAACCUGCCCAAGAUUUGAAGCCUUCGAGCACUGGUUACUACAAGUGUGGACAUUGUGAGUUUACCUUGAAUCCUAAAAUCAAGAGGCAGCCGCGGGUGAAGCGUGCACAGUUGGCGUCACAUCAACGAGAAAAGCACCCAGAAUUAUUUAAAAACAUGCCUAAACCGACUCUAUACACAUUAUGUAAGCGGACAAGGUGUGAAUACUGUGACUUUGCCUUAGAGCCCGACGCAGACCGAACUCCCAGACAGACUCGUGAUCGUUUAGUGUACCAUAAGAGAGAAAAGCAUCCAGAGGUUUUUCCGAACCUGCCGCCACCUUCUCUGCCAAAGAAGAGAAAGGUAGAUGCCCAGGAGAAAAGACGUUGUCCGCAACCAAAAGCGAAAAAGAUACAAGUUGAUCCUGAAGAGAAACAAAUUUGUCCGAUUUGUGAGAAAAGUAUCAGGAGUGUGCGAUUGAGGGAUCAUAUUGCUCAUCACAAACGCAGAGCGGUGUGUCCGUAUUGCGAUUUCACAGUGGAUGAGGAAACAGCCAAGGAUACUUAUCAAUGCCGCACGAUUAUGUUCAGUCACCGCAAGGAGAACCACCCGGAACAUUUCCAAAGAUAUCUCUGCGAUGUCUGCGGGCGUGGUCUUGCUUCCCGCGAUGGCUUGGCGAUGCACAAGGUUGAUGUGCAUGGCAUUGAAAAUGCAGCUGCCAAGCGAAAGUGUCCCCAUUGCGAUGAAAUAUUACCGAGUUUGUCCAAAUUCAAGUGUCACAUGAUCAAUAACCAUUCUGAAAAUCUGCCUUGCACACAUUCUGGGUGCGUUAAGACAUUUCCUAAUGCUCUCAGUCUCAAGCGACACAUGAUUGACGUCCAUGCGAAAACCUACGACAUCGCUUGCACCUUUGAAGGAUGCACCGUGAAGUUUUCCCGCAAGGCCCACAUGGAACGACACGUCAAACAAAUCCACCUGAAGAAUCAAAGCUUUCCUUGUGACUUCCCCGAUUGUGGAAAGCGUUUUAAAACUGCGUACAACCUGCGGGUGCACAAACGUAUUCAUUCACAAGAGAAGCCCCUGAAGUGUCCUCAUUGUGAUUAUCGAGCCAACCAGCGUAACUCUAUGAACUGGCAUCUCAAGAAACAUGCCAAGGGGAAGGGAAAGCCAGAUACUGUUUAUGUGAACUGACACUGUGGUCAGUUCAUCAGUUUGGUUGUAAUAUUUAUGGGCAGUCAGCUUGCCAAAGCUCUGUUCCUCCAGUAAAGAUGGCCUACUCUACACCUGACAACUUGGGUAGAUUGUGUGAAGAUGCAAUAAACAAAUAUAUAUUAUAUCCAAAAUGAUAUGACAUUUGUGUUGGACAUUACAAACAUUAUAAACUAUAAUCAGUUUUUUAUGUUAUACAAUAUUUCCUUUUCUUUAAACUCAGUGUCUUCCCUUACUUACAGUUUGAACGUGUUGAACCUACAGGAAUUUAUCACUUGUAAUGUACAUGAGUGUAUUGUGCUAAGAUUGUUCAAAACUGUCAAGUAAGACACUACGUAUUAUGUACGUAGUUUGUAAUUUACUCAUAUGAAACCAAUGAAUACAGAUCUUGUGGCUGAAAAAUUUGACUCCAUAAAAAGAUAACCAUUAUAGCCAUUUUGAGAAAAAUGUGAUUGAAGUUUGAGUAAAAGUAUAGAUUCGAAACAAAUGGAAGUUAUCACGAAACAUUUGCUUUGGCUUUCAGAUCCCUUAUGCAGCGUUCAAUGACAAUGCAAACCAUGUAUAACCAGUGAAUUGAUCAUGAAGAAUAUGUCUCCUUAGCUUUCAGAUUCAUACAUGCACCUAUCUUGAAUCACUAUACCACUUAUGACUAAAGCAUUGAACUAUAAAAACCACAUGGUAUAAAACGUCCAGGGUCAUGUGGUGAGUCAUCUAUUUCCAGUGGAGAGAAACUAGCCCCAGAGGUGGCGGCUAUCACCAUAUUGGCCAGAAUGGCGCGGGAUACCAGGACAAGCAGCAGAUGGACAAUCAGACGCCAUGACAACCAAAAAUGUCAAACCACUUGACGCCUAGAAAGAUUGAUGAUUAAGCCUUGAAAUUGAAUGGCUUGU